UGGGUUCUCGUGCGUCCAGUGGAGACGACGGCGACGUUGGCGUCCACGGCGAGGAGAGGAGAGAGGGAGCAAUGGCGCCGAGGUGGCUGCGGCGGGAGGUGUUCGUGGGGCUCGCGCUGGGGCAGUUCGUCUCGCUGCUCAUCACCUCCACCGGCUUCUCCUCCUCCGAGCUCGCCCGCCGAGGUGUCAAUGCGCCAACAUCGCAGUCUCUGCUGAAUUACAUCCUUCUUGCGCUUGUUUACGGUGGAAUAUUGAUCUACAGAAGGCAACACGUGACGAUUAAAUGGUACUACUACUUGAUCCUUGGCAUCGUUGAUGUAGAGGCUAACUAUAUUGUUGUGAAAGCUUAUCAGUACACAUCCUUGACGAGUGUGAUGCUCAUUGAUUGCUGGGCUAUCCCCUGUGUCAUUGUCCUCACCUGGGUCUUCUUGAAGACAAAAUAUGGGUUGAGGAAGUUCAUCGGUGUUGUGGUUUGUGUGGCUGGCAUUAUAAUGGUAGUAUUUUCUGAUGUCCAUGCCUCUGAUCGAGCAAAAGGACCUAACCCUUUAAAAGGUGAUUUGUUUGUCUUUGCUGGGUCCAUGCUUUAUGCUGUCAGUAAUGUUACCGAGGAGUAUUUUGUCAAGAAAAGCAGUAGAAUUGAGGUGAUGGCAAUGCUGGGUGUUUUUGGAGCAGUUAUAAGUGGUAUACAGAUAAGCAUUCUUGAACGACAAGAACUUCGGUCAACCCAAUGGAAUGCUGGUGCGAUUCUACCUUUCAUUGGUUUUGCAGUAGCAAUGUUCUUGUUCUACUCAACAGUACCAAUUAUAUUGAAGAUAUGUGGGGCAACUAUGCUCAAUCUCUCGCUUUUGACCUCGGACAUGUGGGCUGUUCUAAUCCGUAUCUUCGCUUACCAUGAGAAGGUUGACUGGAUGUACUUCGUUGCUUUUGCCGGCACGACAGCUGGCCUUAUCAUCUACUCAUACAAGGGCUCCAAGGAGGCUGCAGAAGAAACCGCGCAGGUCGCCGGUGCAACGGACGAGGAGGCGGCGACGGGAGUUGCCGGCGCCGGAGACGAUGAAGCAGACUCCGACAAGGGGGUCUGAUCAUUGGAUGAUGCUGCCUCGAGGUAGUAGUAGGCUACUUUCUGCGGCACAUACUUGGGCUGUAACUGGUGCAUAUGGGCAAGGUUUGGUGUGGGCUGUGAUGAUGUGUGAUAUUUUACUGUCAGAUAAGCAACAUAGGGUUUAAGAACUAGCAUAGGUUCAUCGCAUAAACGUCAAAGAAUACGUGUAACUUGGGGCUGAUUUUACUAAAAUAUUAUUUUGUAAACAUGGUGUAAUAAUAGUGUUGGUCAAGGCUUUGUGUCUGGCUGAUAAGAAGUUGGAAUGCAAAUGGUUCAGAGCUUGC